CGAAUAAAUCGUUGAAUCGAAAUAAAGUCGCCAAGCGGUUAUUUCUUAAAUCUAGAAUCAUGAGUAACUCAACCAAGCAAACAGCUCGCAUUGUUAUCAUUGGAGCAGGUGCAUCAGGAAUUGCAGCUGCCACUCGACUCCUUGAGCAGGGAUUUAAGAAUGUCAGCAUUUUGGAGGCGGAAAAUCGCAUUGGAGGACGCAUUAAUACGGUUCCAUUUGGCGAUAGUGUGGUUGAUAAGGGAGCACAGUGGUGCCAUGGCGAGAAUGGCAAUGUUGUCUAUCAACGUGUGAAGGAUUUGGAUAUGCUGGACAGAACAGGGGAUGUUUUGAACGCUGUGUCCUUUGUGCGUUCCAACAAGGAAGUGUUGCCCAAUGAAACCGCAUAUCUGCUUGGAACUGUUGUCGAGAGUUCUCUACCAGCUCCUCCCAAUGAGGCAAAUGGUUCACUUGGAGAUCAUUUGACGGAUAACUAUUGGCGUGCUCUCAGCAUGUCUGCUCCAGUAGAUAAGACAAUCGCCCAGGAAUUGUUGGAAACUAUCAAGAAGUUCAGGUGCUCCUUCACAGCCUCGGAUCAUUUAUUUGAGGUCUCUCCACGUGCUCACUUGGAGUUUGCCAAAAGCGAUGGAGAAUUCCUGCUAAACUGGCGCAACAAAGGAUACAAGAGUUUCCUCAAAGUGCUGAUGAACGCGAAACCCGAUCAAGCUGAAGAUCUUGGCGUGCUCAAUGGACGCGUUAAGCUGAGCAAGCGUCUGGCUGAGAUCAAUUGGGCAGAUGCCGACCAGGUGCGUCUACGUUGUUGGGAUGGAGAAGUCUUCACUGCGGAUCAUGUCAUUUGCACGGUGUCAUUGGGAGUCUUGAAGGAACAGCACGAGAAGCUCUUUGUGCCUGCUCUUCCCGCCUCCAAAGUGCGAGCUAUCAAGGGACUCAAACUGGGUACGGUGAAUAAAUUCUAUUUGGAGUACGCUUCUCAACCUUUUCCGGUGGAUUGGGUUAGCACGAACUUCCUGUGGAUAGAGGAAGAUCUCGAUGAGCUGCGUGGCAGCGAACGCUUCUGGCUAGAGGGCGUCUUUGGAUUCCAUCGUGUUCUCCAUCAGCCACGUCUGCUGCAGGGUUGGAUCAUUGGUGAACAUGCUCGCCACAUGGAAACACUCACCGAGCAGGAAGUGGUCGACGGAUUGCAGUGGCUUUUCCACAAGUUCCUGCCCUUUGACAUGCCACAACCUCAGCGCUUCCUUCGCACACAAUGGCACUCAAAUCCCAACUUCCGUGGCAGCUAUAGCUCAAGGACCAACUACACCGAUGAACUCCGCACAGGUCCCUGGGAUCUGGCGACACCUCUCCUCGACCUUGGUGGCAGACCCAAAGUACAAUUUGCUGGAGAGGCUUCGAGCAAAACCCACUUCUCCUCAGUUCAUGGUGCUGUGGAAACCGGUUGGCGUGAGGCAGACAGACUCAAUGAAUAUUACAGCUGUCGCAAAUAGUGGCAACCUGGGCGUGUCCAGCUGAUUAACCGAUAAAACAAGUUAUUCUAUAUUGUGAGUGUCUACUGUAUUGCUAUUUGAAACCGCUAUGGACUCCAAUUAUAUUUUUUGAUUUGCUACAAAAGUUUUGUAACUAUAGAUGCUUAGACAAGUAUGAAAUUGUGACAAUAAAGUGAAAUAAGAUCAAUGUCAAAAUAAGGCUAA